AUGACUAAAAAUGAAGUGAGGCCUCACGUGUCCUCGGUCUCAUUUGAAAGCAAAAUUCACUUCUCUGCACGUCAGGAUCUGAUUUUUACGAGAAGCAAAUAUUUGAAACUGCCUGGGACAGAGGGUCAAAGGGACCAGUGGAGCACCAAGCCACCGGAUUCCUCUGUGAAACUUCCCAGUUUUAGGACUUUGCUUCCAGGCUUUCUCCCGAACAUUGAGCAUUCCGGUCCCUGGAAGAAAACGGCUCCAAAGUUCACCACAAGGCACAGACCUCCUAAUGCACUCGGCUUGGAAUUAAAGUUUGUGAAGACGGGAAAGUAUCCGCACGGUCCUUACAAGGACCCGCAACCUCACAACUUCAGACCGGCGAGUCUUCAUAAACAGCUCCCAGACAUGAUAACUGUGUAUGAGAGAGACCCAGGGAACCUGAGAUUUAAACUAAAGCACCUAGACACACUGCGGACCACCCGAUCCGGGAUAGGGGUCAGUUCCAGAGACACAAAGACAAAGAUGGACACCUAUAAGGCGGCAGAGCCUAAAUGGGAUUUAAAACUUCUGCUCCCUCCUCUGUCAUGGCCUCCACUAUCAGCCUCCCACACUGUCAGUAGACCACGUUCCCGCUUCCAU